AUGCACCUAAAACAGGACAAACCAGAGUGGGAUCAACGGUUUUUGAUUGCAAACCUGGAACAGGAAGAGGCUGAGUACAAGGCCAGACGAACUAGCAUGACUUGGAAAGAUAGACAGAAGGCAUUGGCUGAUAUGAUGGGAUGGUCACUCGAGAUGCCUUAUUCAAGAGAGUUGUACCAUGCGCCUCAGGAUUUCAGGAACCUGUCCGAGAGACAGAAGGGAGCCAAGUCGUUCCAUCUCGGUGUGGCUAUUCUGGACACCAGGGAUCUUCGAGACGUCAUCCAGAAUGGCUUCAAACUUGAUAAUCCAUCAGACCUCAUUCGAACUUAUCAGUUUGCCGUCCAGGACCGCGUGCCCAAAGUGGACCGUUUCUGUUUCGGUGACACAGAGGCCAUAUCUCGAGAGGACUUGAAGCGCAGAUUCGUUGAGUGGCAGAAAGGAAGAGAUGUGAUCGGCGUUGCAUACACGCUUCACAACGACCUGGCCCUCUUGAAAGAAUUCGAGAUCAUCCUGACCGCAAUCUGCUGGAUCGAUCUGGCCCUAGCACAAUACAUUCCACUUCAAAACGCAACUGCACCAUCGCUGGCAGUUGUGAUGAACAGACUGAGGAUCCGCUACGCAGGCAAGCUGCACGAACCGGGAAACGACGCGCAUUUCGCCAUGAGGACUCUCCUUGGACUCGCAGUUCUGGAUUUCUGGCGCGAGUGGACUCAUUGGGGAGAUGGGCUCGGUGCUAUCCCAAGCUGGUACGACCUAGCUACAAAAAUAGUUCGGGCUGAAGUCCCAUGUCCAGGACGACAUGGCUUCACGGAUUGA